UUUUACUUUGCUUUGCUUUUCUCGAUAGAAUCGAGAGAAAUCAGCCAUGGCGGACAAACCACAAGAAAAAGUAAAACGCAAAUUCCGCCAGCCAGUUGGGGUUGGGAGAAUCGAGAACCAAAAACAAACUCUCCCACUCCGUCUCUCACACAACAACAACAACUGCAUCAACAACAUCAACAAGCGGUGGGUGAAUCAAUCAACAAGCAUGACGCCACAGUCGCACAAAAAUGUCACCCCAAAAUAUGGGGAGAAGAGAAGACGAGUAAAGAUCCCCAUUGAUUUCUUCAACAACGACAUCGAGCUCGCACCCCUUCCCACCAAUGGAUUCCUUCCUUAUUUUUUUCCCCCAAAACAACACUUCCAACUCUCUACAAUUCCCCACUUUCAUUUUAUUCACCCAAUUCUCCCUCGUUGUCGUCGCUCCUUCUCCCAAUUUCUCGUCCCCUCAAUGUGGGUAUUAAUCGAUUCGGAGUAAUCGUCGCUAUUGGUUAUCUGAAUCUGAGCCAAUUUUUGGAAGAUGCUAGGAGGAGGAACUAAUGGAAGUUCGAAUUUCCCCGGUUUAUCGGAGGCAAACGGUUUCCAUUUCGACAAUAAUUCUAUGCCUCAACUCGGAUAUUCACUCCAAGCGCCGACACAGUGUGUUGUUGAUACUGGCGCCGGAAACUACAAUGGAAACGGACAAAUGCCGUGCAAUGGCUUUUUUCGGGACGAAACAGGCGGCCAUUUAAAAGAAGUUCUAAAUCCAAAUCCCGUAUCAACAGGACUCAAACUUUCUUGCAACACAGACCACAAUUUACCAGUCUCUCUAAAUCCGCAACUCAAUCUUGGCCCCGAGCUUUCCAUUAGUAGAGCUACGCCAACAGAGAUUGAUCGGCAGGUGCAAGAACUCCUCCACUGCGCUAAAACUCAGCAGGAAGAGAAAAUCUUGACGGGCAUACGGGAGAUAAACCAGCGACACACGAUGUCUGUGCUCAAAGGCCUGGAAGAAAUCGUCUACAAAAAAUUAUGCGAGAAAGAGGAGAAUAUCGAGAGCAUUAAUAAGAAAAACAAGGAGCUCGAGGAGAGGAUAAAGCAGGUCGCCAUGGAAGCACAGUCGUGGCGCUUCCGAGCGAAGCAGAGUGAAUCUGUGGUGAAUGUUCUAAGGAGCAAUCUUGAGCAGAUUGCGGCGCAGGGGACCUGUCCAGCUCCUGAAGGUUGCGGGGACAGCGAGGUUGAUGAUGAUGCAGUAUCGAACUACUCGGGUCGAGCCCUGCCGAAAUGCAGGGCGUGCAACGGUAAAGAUGUGUCUGUCUUAAUCUUGCCUUGCCGGCACUUGAGCCUCUGCUCGGAUUGCGAAUGCUAUGUCGCCGUUUGCCCCGUCUGCCGGCUGGUGAAGACGGAUACUGUUAAUGUGUCCGUGUAAUCGUAUCGACGCUGUAAUUUUUAUUUUUUCUGUUUUAUGUGUACUCCCGUGAACCCUUUGUUAAGGUAUACAUUUUAUUAUUUUCGUUCGCCGAACA